AUGCCACGUUGGUUCACUGUGCUCGUCGAUUGGGCAAGUUGUGUUGCUUUCUAUUGGCUGGUCGUGGCUGAUAUACCCAAGAGAAAGCUUACGAGGGAAGGGAAAGAAGGCCUCUGUACGCAUGAACCCCACCUUCUCCAUCCCUACACGCAACCUCUUCCUCUCCUCCGCAUCUUCUGUCAGGGGCCCUUGUGGCUGCAGCAGAGGGCAGUCAAGGGGGCGAGCAGGAUGGGUCCAGCCGAUUUCUUCGCCGGAUCUGGAGCCCAGGGGCGACGCCGACGAGCACGCAGCCACGCCAACGUCGUUGCCUCGAGAGAGGAGUGGGUGGGAGGAGAAGGCGGCGGCGGCUCGAGGGCAAGGGUCGGAUCUUCUCGCCUGAUUCAUGGCGUAAGUGGAUAUGGGUUUUGGUAUCGAUUCCCUUUUCUAAUUCAAGUUCUUGCGGAAGUCUCGUACAGAAUUGGCGUUCUAACUUUAUCUCAGCGGAUCUAUUUUUAUCAGAGUUUAGAAAAAUCCUCUAAUCACAAGUUGGAACCCGAUUUGCUUUCUUCCCUUCAGACUCCAGUUCAUGCAAAAAUACGAACAUAG